AUGGCUGCAGCCCUGGAGGAGAUAGCAGAAGGGUGGGAACCGAGGCGGCGAAUGGCCGCACAAGGUAAACGGCGGGAUUACACCGACGACAACGAUCAGAGGCGCGCUCACAGCCCAGGAGUAGAGAUGGUACAGGGAAGUAUGGACAACGGCGGGGAGAGGACCGGAGGCGGCGGCGACGAGGUGGUGGGAUGUGGGAAGGCGCUGGGGCGAGAUGGCGCUUUCGAUGAAGCGGUGAAAGGCGUAGAUGACAUCAUCCAUUCCGCGUCCUCGUUGACAAUGGAAGUAGAGAACAAAAUCUCACAGAACGAACCUCUGAGCAGAUAUCCUCACUCCCGCCGUGAAGGGGACCGUCGGGAUCCUCAAUGCCGCAUUGAAGAAUGGGCGAGUGAAGAAUGGGUGCAAGGUGUCAAGAGCGUUGUCUUCACGUCAUCAUUGGUGGCGGUCCUGCAUAGGUGUUUCAAAGGGUCCUGUCAUCGUCGCGAGGACUCAUGGAACGAGGCGGCCGUCAAGGAAUGUGCAGAGAAGGGAAAGGACCCACCGCCCUGGCUAAUGUUCCACUGCGGAUGGGGAUUCACUGAACUGGCAGCUGUUUGGGAAUUUUACGAGGAGCCCAAAUCAGAGAUCCCUUGGGACAUCACUAGCCUCACCCCUCCGUUGAUAGUGGGCCCGCUCGUUCACGAGGUCACAACCCCGGAGGGCUUGGAUUCAUCGUCCAAGAUCUUCUAUGGUGCCGUCGUGCGAGGGGUAUUUUGGAAGGCGCAUAUCUGGUCUCUCGAGGUGCCAGAUGCUGUGCUACCUGCGAAGGGGGUCCCUGGAGGUACCAAGGUCCGGAAUACUACGUUCGACGCGACAAAGGAGAGGCGAAUCCUCGGCUUGAAUUACAAGACCCUGAAGAAGACGGUCAAGGACACUCUGGCUGACUAUGGUGGCCUUUAG